AUGUUGCCUUUGGAAAAGAAGUUAAGAAUAAGAAACACGUUAGUAAAAGUUAUCGAAAAUUACUUACGAGAAGAAAUAAAACCUUGUUAUGAACAUUAUCAAGAAGAAAAACUUACGUUAUUGCAAACGUUGAACACUACCAUAGAGAGCAAACUUGGAAAAUUUUUAAGUAUUACGGAAGAGAUUUCCGAAAUUAUUGAAGAGGAAGAUCAAUUAAUAAAAGAUGCUCAAGAAAGUAGUGACUUUGAAGUACGGGUAAGAAAUGAACUGCUAAUACUUGAUCGUUUCCUAAAAUCAAAACAAGAUAGAAGUGACACAGUCAGUACGAGGUCAGUUAGUGCUUCAAGCUCUAUUAAACUACCAAAAAUUGAAAUAAAAAAAUUUGAUGGCGAUCCAACUAAUUGGUUUUCAUUUAUUGAUUCUUUUGAAGCAGCAGUUGACAAAAACGAUCACUUGUCUAAUGUUGAAAAAAUGAAUUAUUUGUUAGGAUUUGUUGUUAAAGACGCUGCAUCUACGAUAAGCGGUUUAAAACUGAGUAAUAAUAAUUAUGAGAUUGCUUUAAAUUUGUUAAAAGAUCGCUUCGGAGAUCCGCAAAUGAUAAUUUCAGGACAUAUGAAUAAACUAUUAAACUUGGAGCCUGUCAUGGCUAUUUCUGACGUUCGUAAUUUACGCCAAUUGUUCGAUAUAACUGAGGCGCAAGUGCGUAGUUUACAAUCUUUAGGAGUUGAAUCUCAAAACUUUGGCUCAAUGCUUAUACCUGUGUUAUUGCAAAAACUGCCAGGAGAAUUGCGUCUGAUUAUUAGUCGCCAACUUGGAAAAAACGCAUGGAAAGUAAGCGAGGUUAUGCAAGCUUUUAAAACUGAAUUAGAAGCGCGAGAAAAAGUUUCAACCGGUCAGGAGGAAAGCCCUUGUUUUUCUGGUGCUUCCCUUUAUGUUGGAAAUCGACGGAAUUUCGAUGCGAAAGAAAGAAAAUGUGCUUUUUGUGAAAACCCAGGGCACAAACCGCAAUUUUGCUCUAUUUCAGGUCAUGUAGCAAGACACUGCACAGUUAGAUGGAAAUGUUUUAAAUGUAAGGGACGUCAUCAUGUGUCUAUUUGCAAUAAGGGUAAUCGAGACCAGGAUAGCAAUGAUCAGAAUGAAGUUUUGUUACAAACUGCGUCUGCAGAAAUUUUUUCUGAUGAUAAAAACUGUCACAGGUUUAGAAUUUUGUUUGAUAGUGGCAGUCAAAUGUCAUACAUUUCUCCGCAAGCGGCGGAAAAAUUGAAAUUGAAAGCAAUCGACAAAAAACAAAUGUGUCUUAAAACGUUUGGAGGAGCUAAACAAAACAAAACUUUGGACAUGGUUAGAUUUACCGUUAAAACGAAAAAUGACGAAGAAAAUAUUACGGUAAACGCGUUCGUAUCCGAAAUAUGCUAUCCUUUGACAAACCAAAACAUCGAGGGUGCAAAAUCUAACUACCCUUUUCUGUGUCGUCUCGAUUUAGCGGACAGUAAUCCAAAAAAUCAACCAUUAAGUGUGGAUAUUUUGAUUGGCGGGGAUUAUUAUUGGUCCUUUAUGAAAAACGACAUGAAACGUAGCACCAAAGGUGGGCCCACAGCAAUUUCAUCAAGUGGCGGAGUCAUGGGUACUAAAUUGGAUACUUCAGUGAACAUUGUUAAUACUCAUGUUUUAAAAGUGCAAAAUGAGUUGAGUGAAAAUAAAACACUUGAAGACUUGGUUCAGGGAUUUUGGAACAUCGAGACUAUGAGAAUUAAAAAAUCAGAAGAAAACGAGAUUUCGGAUCAUGGUAUUGAAGCAGGUGUGACAUUUAAAAAAGAUCGUUAUGAGGUCAAGCUACCCAUAAAAGAUCACGAUCUGCUUGAAGAUAACUAUGAUCUUUCAAAACAAAGAUUAAAAAACAUGAUUAAAAUUUUCAAAAACAAAAGCGAAUUGUUGAAACAAUAUGAUAACAUUAUUCGAGAACAAGAAAGUUGUCAAAUAAUUGAAAAGGCACCAGAUGAACACGUUGUAGGACACACCCAUUUUUUGCCGCAUAAGCCAGUGAUACGGGAAGAAAAAACAACUACGAAGGUGCGCAUGGUUUUUGAUGGGAGUGCAAAAAAAAAUGGUCCUUCUUUAAACGAUUAUAUGGAACCUGGCCCCUCCAUAGCCACGCCUUUGUUCGAUGUUUUAGCCAGAUUUCGAGCCAACAACAUAGCUUUUAUUGCUGAUAUAGAAAAAGCUUUUCUACAAAUAUCCUUGUUUCCAGGCCAUCGAGACUAUAGGAAUGGCGAAUUUGUAGAGUUUUAUUUGGUUUAA